AUGCCGAACGAAAAUGGGCAGCGACUUCAGGAUUUCUUGCCUCAAACGAUCAUCCGGAUUGUUUCAUUCUGGAUUUUGGCAGUCUUGGCCAUGUAUAUGUGCGUGGCCGACCAUCCAGAGUCUACAUACAUUCGGCAAUCCGUGAGGUGCUUGUUGUACUUUUGGCUUGGCACUGGAGUACGUUGCAUUGAUACUUUCAUGUCAGCAUGUCUUGGGGGGGACCGCGACAAUGAUGGUGUCAGAGAUCGAGUGUUUCGUAUCAACACAAUUGCGAUGAUGUCGGUGGCCUUCGGGCUUGCCACGUCUUUUUUGGGUGACAUUUGGUGUAUUCAGCUAGUGAUCGCACGCCUCCAUGCUUUUCAAGAAGCCUUUGGAGAGAGCUUGCCUUGCAUCAGAGUCAUCAACUGCCUUGUGGUGCUAAUGAAAGUCUGCAUGCCCUUUGUGGCUUUUGCAGCACGCCUGCCAGAUCCAACCACUCUGGUGGUCUCCACUUUCACCACCUUGUGCCUUCUUGUGCUGGUAGCGCUCGUCUGUCGGGCCUACUUGCUUCCUUUGAAGGCAUUGAGAGAUUCAAGGAAGGUAGACAGCAAGGACGAAGCUAUGGGGAAACAGCUCUUGAAAGAGACCCAGUUUGCCAUGAGAGUGAUCUUCGUCGCCCAACUUGGUUUCGUUGUGGCGGGUUUUUCCAUGGCAACCUUCUUGCUAUUCUUCGGGCUAGAGAGGGUGACUAGAACCAAUGCCGUGACCAGCAUCUACCAGUAUUCUGGCCUAGCAGAUUCGUUGGGCAACGCGUUCUGCAUAGUGCUUCUCUCGGCGUCUUCUUUGUCUUUGCCCAAAUUCUCCCCAAAGAAGGCAGCGGUUGCCAUCGAAGAAGAGAAUCUUGUGAACACGAACUGUACAUGCGGGCAACAGCUGGCAAGAACCUCAUGCCAGGCAUCCCAGCCAUGGAAGUCUGCCGCUGCAAAUGCGACGUGUGAUGCUUGUGCUUGGGAGAUCAAGGUUGCGGAGCUUGCGAACCGCCGAGUUUCUGUCAGCAACUUGCUGAGUUUCUACAGCCAGCUGGGCUCAACUCGACUGAUGUCGCACUUUGAUCCGGAGAAGUCAACCACCAAUGAUGUCGUGCGUCAUGCAGUGAUCCCUGAAUCCCGUCAUGGGACCAUGGGAGAGGCCCUGGCAGAAUCCUGGCACGGCGUCGAAGACAAAAGCAGAAAGUACUUCCCGAUGCAAAAUGUCUUGACCAAGGACUAUGCUCCCAGGAUGGUCACACAUCAUUGGGCCAAUCGAUUCCGCGACCUUGUUGCGGCAGUUGUGGCAGAUGCUUUGCACUUGUCCCGAUGGGACAGUGUGGCACAGCAUCUGAGCUUCGGUGACGUAGAAAUGUUGAGGGAAAGACUUGCUGAAAGUGGCAGUUUGGACAGCCAGUAUUGGAUCUGUGCUCUGUGCAUCAACCAACAUGCGAGUAUUUGUGGCAACUCGAUGGGUGUUCGUGACACGGUCACUGGAGAUGUACUGCCCUUCUGCGACUGCAGUACGCCGAAGUAUUUCAAUGACCACCCAGUGGAGUGCGAACUUAACAAAUUUGAUUCCAUGAUGCAGCACCUGCAUCGACGCUAUGCUCAAGGUUUCCUGCAAGUUGUGGCCAUAGACACGGACUUCAAUUUGUUUUCGAGGGCUUGGUGCGUGGCCGAAUUGGUAGAGGCCCACAAUAGCCAGAUGGAUCAGCACGUGAUGCUCCACUCCCCAACAGUGUUGGAAGAACAUUCGGGGCAGCUCAGCUCGUUGAAGGUGGAAAACUGCGAGUCCUCACGGCCCGAGGACAAGGAGGCCAUUCUUUUGAAGAUCGGUGCGGAGGCGGACAUUGAAAGAUUCAACGGCCGCUUGCAGCAGCUGCUGCUGGGAUCCAAGGGGCUCUUGGCAGGGUGGCUCGAUGGGCAAAAGCUGCUGCAGGAAGUGGGUGCCAUCGCGGCAAGGGCUCGAACUCGCUGCCUCGCCGAUGCCCACAACGCCAGAGGAAUGGAACUGAAUCAGUGCCAACAUGAUAGAAACGGUGACAACUCAGAUGAUUUUGCAGUCUGA